AUGCCCUUCGGAACCCGCAGAAGACACCACGCAACAACCACCACAACAACCACCACCGCAAGGCCCUACCGCCGCAGCAUCUUCUCCCGGAGACAGCCCCGCGUCGGCGUCGUGCACCACCAGCAGCGCAAGCCCACCCUCAAGGACAAGGUCAGCGGUGCCAUCAUGAGGCUCAAGGGAAGCUUGACUCGUCGUCCUGGCGUAAAGGCUGCUGGAACUCGCAGAAUGCGUGGCACCGACGGUCGUGGAUCGCACCGCAGACGCUUUUUGUAA